ACUAUCCCUUUAAAAGUAUCAUUUCAAGUUGGGUUUCCUAAUAUGAGAAUUGCAUUUUACCAACCCAUUUUUAUUUACUUUAGGCGAACCAUCCUCGAGGACGGCACCCUCAGGAUCACCAACGUUACCAAAUCCGAUGCGGGCAGGUACACAUGCGUGGCCAAAAACCCUUUCGGUACAUCCAGCAGUUCCGGCGCAUUAGUGGUCAAAGAACCAACCAAGAUAACGGUCCCUCCAUUGAGUAUGGAUGCCACAGUUGGGGAGAGCAUCGUCCUGCCAUGUGAAGUGUCUAAAGACUCCACUUUGCACCCAACAUUCAAAUGGUUCUUCAACGGGAAGCUCAUCGAUUUUAGCAGGCACGAUCACUUCGGCAUGAUCGGAGGGGUGCGUUUCUGUUUUUUAUAUAUUGAAAGCUUCAAGCACUGUAACAAUUUUUGCAUUAACUUUGGAUUCUUCUGCUAAAGCAUUUGAUUCAGUAAAGGAAUGCCAGUGCAGAAUUGAAAAAUCUUACGUUACAAACUCCCCCUCCCUAUCUUUCGGUGGUGAACGUGAGCACAAGGGCACCUGGCUGCUCUCUGAACAUACAGACACAAAUCUGUCUGAUACAGGAUUUACGUUGCAUUCUGUUUAACACACGGAGAACCUCAAAUAGCUAUACCCUCUCUCUGACUGCGUACAUCAUCCAUUGAGUUCUUUCAGGUUGCCAAGUAUUUCUUUGGAGAGAGCGAUGAUCAAAUGCACAGACGACAGGGCUGUGGCUAAGGAUUGCUUGUCUAAGCAUGUUUAGAGGAACCUUAUCUGAGCUGGGUAGCCAGUCAAAUAUGAGAGGCAGUCUGACCUUUGCUACUUCAUUGGCAUUUGCUUCCUGAUGUCUUUCAAACGUGUCCUACCUAUAGACAUGAAAACAUAUACGAUUUCUGACUCUCGAGUAUCUCUUACACAAGGUAAAAUCAUUAUUAUUCUAAAAAUACUGUAAUGUUAUUGUUUUUGGGCUCCAACAUGAUGGCAGUAUCAUGGAGUGGAUGGUCCAGUACACUUAAAAAUGACCUGUAGUGAUACCAUCACUUUAUUUUGUUAUUUAAAGUUCUGUGUAAAUACAGCCAAGUGGUACCUAAUAUACCUUCUUUCUUUCUUUCUUUCCUUCCUUCUUUCCUUCUUUCUUUCCUUCCUUCCUUCCUUCCUUUUUUUCUUUCUUUUUUCCUUCCUUCCUUCCUAACUUCCUUUCUUUCUUUCUUUCUUUCUUUUUUCUUCCUUCCUUUUUUCCU